UCGUCGAGAGAGAUCACUGGCUGGCCCGCUGGCGUGCCUCUCGAAACGAUCAUCAUCAUCCUUCGUCCCAUAAGAUCGUGCAGGAUGCGGAGGUCCGUGACGACCGAUCUGGCAUUCGGGGCAGAUCGCGUCAGCAGAGAAUGAGCCUGCGAGAUCGAGGAAGAGCGAGGGGACGCAUUGUCGUGGAAGUAGCAGCGGCGGCGGAAGCGGCUUGAAUCGCUCGUACCCGGAGACACAGCACUACGCGCAAAGAUGUCGAAGCGACCCUUAGAGAGCGGGGACUCCAGUACCCAACCACCUAUAAAGAAGGUGCAAUUUGAGCCGAUUCUAAUUGGGCCCAUAUCUACACUCGAGGAAAUGGACAUGAAGGUUUUGCAGUUUCAAAACAAAAAACUGGCACAGAGAUUAGAACAAAGGCAUAGAGUUGAAGCUGAAAUGAGACAACGUAUCGAACAAUUAGAAAAACGUCAAAUGCAGGACGAUGCGGUACUUAAUGUAGUUAAUCGAUAUUGGAAUCAACUCAAUGAAGAUAUACGUGUGUUACUGCAGAGAUUCGACGCUGAAACUGCUGAUGAAUCAGAAAACAAAAACGAGAGCGAAGCUACAACGUCGUUUCUCAUGCAGCUGUCAUCUUGGGACAAGGAGGAAUUAGACGACAAAUUAGCAAACCGUGUGCAGGUGUCGAAACGUGCUGUGUCUAAAGUUGUACAAGCUUUUGAUCGUUUAUCUCAAAGGAAUGAGAAGAUCACUCUUGCGCUCAAAGGAGAAUUUGACGGUGAAGAGGCGCCAAACAUUGACGAAGUCGUACGUCGUGCCAAUGCAGAAAUACAAAUGGAAAACAGAAAUCUGCAGGCGAUAAAUAUACAAUUGCACGAAAAGUAUCACACUAUCUCAUUGAAGAUGUCAGAGCUGCAGGAUACAAUAACAGGCAAAGAUACGCUUGCAGCAGAAUUGCGAAAUCAAGUCGACGAUCUGCAGUACGAAUUGAACAAAGUGCGGGCGAGAAACGAUAAAUUGGAACAUCAUCUUGGAGAAGCAAUCGAAAAGUUAAAAACCUUUCAGCAAAUUCAUGGCACAGACGAGAAAGGCAGUAAUAAACCGAAUACUAUAGUUGCAUCUAGUGUUCCUCAGACUAAGCUUGAUGACUUACAAAGAGAGCUCGAAGAGACGCGUGAAUUAGCUAACAACAGACUGCAGGAAUUAGACAAACUGCAUCAACAACACCGCGACACCUUAAAAGAAGUGGAAAAAUUGAAAAUGGAUAUAAGACAGCUUCCCGAGUCAGUAAUUGUGGAGACAACAGAGUACAAAUGUUUACAAUCGCAAUUUUCCGUAUUAUAUAACGAGUCCAUGCAGUUAAAAACGCAAUUGGAUGACGCUCGCCAACAAUUGCAAUCGAGCAAGAAUGCACAUCUGCGCCACAUCGAGAUGAUGGAGAGCGAAGAGUUAAUGGCCCAAAAGAAAUUGCGCGGUGAGUGUAUACAGCUCGAAGACGUUUUAGCACAAUUACGCAAGGAAUACGAGAUGCUUCGCAUUGAAUUCGAACAGAAUCUAGCUGCCAAUGAACAGACAGGUCCGAUCAAUCGAGAAAUGCGGCACCUAAUUACCUCCCUUCAGAAUCACAAUCAGCAAUUAAAAGGAGAAGUGCAUCGGUACAAGCGAAAGUACAAAGAAACUUCUACUGAAAUACCUCGAUUAAAAAAGGAAGUAGAGGAGUUGACAACUAAAUUAGGCCAACAAGCGUCGCAAGAAAAUAAAGAAGGGAAUAAUUCAGACGGCAGCGGAAAAGAAGAAGAUGCCUCAAAUUCGCUGCCAGGUUCUACACAGAUAAAAGAAGAAAGUGGUGUUACAAUAAAGAGGGAAUCUGGUGCUGAUGAAGAGGUGGAAACUAUUGAGGUUGGAGAAGGUGAAGGUAACAAAAACACGCCAGACUCUCUUACGUUAACUUCGCCGACUCUGAAAAAGGAGAAAGAUAUAAAACGUGAGAAGGAUAUCAAGAAAGAAAAUGUGAAAACUGAACAUCGGGAUCCUGCACAUCGCACCAAAGACGCAAAAAUGGCGGAAUCGGAGCUCGUGAGAGAUUUGAAGGCACAACUGAAAAAAGCUGUGAAUGAGAUGAAGGAAAUGAAGCUUUUAUUAGACAUGUACAAAGGUGUUGGAAAAGAACAACGGGACAAAGUACAGUUAAUGGCUGCCGAACGUAAAACGAGAGCAGAGUUAGAGGACUUACGACAGCAAGUUAAAAAGAUUCAAGAAAGUAAACGUGAGGAACGCAAGAAGUUAGCUGAUGAGGAUGCACAGAUAAAGAUUAAGAAACUGGAGGAGCAAGCGUACACAUUGCAACGUCAGGUUGCUUGUCAAAAACAGAAUUGUAUUUGGCUGCAGGAGGAGGAGGCGCUUCUAAAUGAGAUGGAAGUGACUGGGCAAGCGUUUGAGGAUAUGCAGGAGCAGAACUCUAGACUGAUACAGCAGCUGCGCGAGAAAGACGACGCGAAUUUCAAGCUCAUGACGGAGAGGAUUAAAAGUAAUCAAUUGCACAAGCUCGCGAGGGAGGAGAAGGACGUGCUGAAGGAGCAAGUGUCCACCCUGACGACGCAGGUGGAGGCGGCCAACGUAGUUGUACGAAAGUUAGAAGAGAAGGAGCGUCUCUUACAAAACUCUCUCGCCACGGUGGAAAAGGAAUUGGCGCUGAGACAACAGGCGAUGGAGAUGCAUAAGCGGAAAGCGAUUGAGAGCGCACAAUCUGCGGCUGAUCUCAAGCUUCAUCUUGAGAAAUAUCAUUCCCAAAUGAAGGAAGCGCAACAGGUCGUAGCCGAGAAAACAAGUUCCUUGGAAGCUGAAGCGUAUAAAACUAAAAGAUUACAGGAGGAAAUAGCGCAACUCAGACGCAAGGUCGAGCGUAUGAAGAAGAUCGAGCUCGCUGAAACCCUGGAUGAGGUAAUGGCGGAGGAGCUGCGGGAGUACAAGGAAACUCUGACCUGUCCGUCUUGCAAGGUGAAACGUAAGGAUGCUGUUCUCACCAAGUGCUUCCACGUGUUCUGCUGGGACUGCCUCCGCACACGUUACGAAACGCGACAGCGGAAGUGUCCCAAGUGCAACUGCGCCUUCGGCGCCAAUGACUACCAUCGGCUGUACCUGUCCACAUGAGGAAGAAGGUGCUGAACUCUACUUGGUAAAUACGCCGCGGUGUAGAGUAAUGUUUUGUAAUAUGUCACGUCAGCAUUUCUCUUUUCUUUUUUUUUAUACCGUUUAUUUAUUACUCUGACUUUUUGUGAAAUGAUCAUACGCAAUAUGUGACUAUCCCUGAAAACGGUAAUGUAUCACGAAUUUUGCUAAGUUUUUAUUAAGACCGUAGUAGUGAAAGAAAAAUAACAUAAGUCGUAGAACUUUAAGUUGUGGACUUAUAAGAAUCAGUCGAGAAUUCUGAAGACUUCCAAGCGAUUUAUUUAUUACUUAAUUCUAUUACUUAUGUUUUUUUUUUUUUAGACAUUAUGGUCUAGUCUAUAAAUUGACAUAAGAAUAAACAGAUAGGUAGAUAGGCAUAAAAUAAAUAGAUAGAAUGAAUGAAAUGAAUGAAUGAGCGAGCGAAUAUAUAGGAAAAAAGAGAGGUACAAAGAAGAACGUGGAAAAAAGAAGAAACAGCUGGAUUGCAUUUUUAGUCAGUACAGUUGUUUUAACGUGACAUUAUUUUAGAUAUUAUUAAUACUUCGGUAUUAAAAUACGUAUAUAGAUAUAUAUACAUAUGAAAGAAUACUUUGAUAUAUGGUCGAAUAAUUUGAUAUUUAAAUAAUAAUUACCUAUGUCAUCGGGUCAGUUCUCUAAUGCGACUACAACUGCAUGUGCGCAUAUAACUGCUUAAACACUUCUAAAUGUAUUUUAUAUGAAUGCGACAUUAAUCAAUAUUAUACCAACGAUAAUCGGUUAUUAUUAAUGUCGUAGAUAUAUAAUAAACCAACGUGCUAAGAAUCUAAUAAUUUUAAUCUUGAAAAUAACUUGUAAAAGAUUCGUAUCAAAUCGGCAAUAACAUACAUAUGGGCAGCAAGCUUUUAAUUUUAUCUACAAUGUAAGAAAGAUUUAUUCGAUUACUCUUUGAUCUCGUUUUUAAGAUAAGCUU